UUUCACCUUCCCCAUCCAUCAUCAUGCCUCCAAAACGAACAAGAGAGCACCACGUGCGCCAGACAUAUGUCAGUACUACCACUAUUGAUCCUCGGGUCGUCGCAGAAAGAACAAGGAAACAUCUCGACCAAUUGGAAAGAUCCAACUAUGCCGAGACGAGUAUAAUGUCCGUCACCGGCGACGACAACGAGCCAGGCAAAUACGGCAAAAGUCGCGCCAGACAAAUUGUUUCCGAUAAAAGAAACCUUAAAUUAUUGGGUUCUUCACCCGCCGCGACUAAAAAGAGAUCUACAAUGAACGUUCGCUCUGCUCUGUUAUAUCCUAAAAAUCUCGCCACCCUGAUUGAAGAAUCCGGCAUUGCAUCACUUCCCGCCUCUACUCCCACGUACUUGACCGCCGAGGCUCCUGCACCCUCCUAUCCUCCCCGACUAAUUUGUUCUGUCUGUGGCUACUGGGGUCGUUACAAGUGCCGGAAAUGCGCGUUACCUUACUGUGAUCAAAACUGUGAAAGCGUUCACGCAGAAACGAGAUGUGAGAAGCGCGUCGUCUAGCCUUUCGGCGGCAUAUUACGCCUUGCUUGCACGUCACCCUUCGCACCACGCUGACCUUCCGCUUGGUCUCUGCGACGACGUAUACCCUCGGAGACCUUUUACGGACCUAUGAUCUGCGCAUGCACGCGUUUAAUAUUACAACCGUGCUGUAUUCUGACACGUAUUCAGUGCCAUCAUAGAGUAUAGUUACUUGAGACUUACCAACCGCAAAAACAAUCCAAUAUCACGGGACACGGGACACAAAAUACCAUAUAUGCUCGUUGCUAUACUCCACAUCACACGCCAAAUCACCGGGGAUAAUCAGAAGAAGGACCGGAGGGACCGGAUCAAGAAGAAAGGAGAACCUGUACCUCCAACGCAUCUUAGUAGAUAGUUUACUUGUGGCG